AUGAAAGAACUUUUUUUAAUGGAGGAAGCUGAGCUGAUAGACUACAUCAUAGUUCCAUUGAAGAAAUCCUUUCUACUCAAAUACGAAAUUGAUGAAGUAUUUUUACACGAACAAUUCGACUUUGGGACCGUUGAAAUUUUAAAGAAAGAUGGCGCUGGUGAUAAAAUCUUCUUGAAGGGUAAAAUAGAGGAAUUGGAAAAUUUGAGAUCUAAACUUUUGGUAAUCAAAAAAGAAAGAGAUGACGCUUUUUCCAAUAGGAAAAGGCUGGAAAAAGAACAAGACAAAAGUACAAAAACGAAAAAAAAAACUAAGGAAAGCCGUGGUGACGCAAAGAAGUUGAGACCCAGAAAAAAAGAAAAAUUACACAACUACGAUGAUGACAAUAACGAUGAAGAAGUUGAUCGGAUAAUUGCUGAACUUGAAGGCAACAACAAUACGUACAACAACAACAACAACAAUAUGGACAACAACAACAUGGACAACAACAACAACAAUACGGACAACAACAACAACAAUAUGGACAACAACAACAUGGACAACAACAACAACAAUACGGACAACAACAACAACAAUAUGGACAACAACAACAACAAUACGGACAACAACAACAACAAUAUGAACAACAACAACAACAAUAAUAAUAUAAACAUCAACAACACCAAUAAUAACAACGACACCGACAAAAAGAAUAAUGACGAUAUCACAACAGCUACUUCUGCUACUGCUGCUGCUGCUGUUCUUGCAUCUAUUGAUGAAAAUGUUGGUGAUGAUGUUAGCGUUGCUGGCACCAAGAGCUACGAGAACAGCAAUAACGCUAACACCGAUGAGAAUGAUGAUUUUCAAAUUUUGCAACCACAACAACAACCCGACCAGGAAAUUCUAUUGGAUCAACUACUGCAAGCAAUCCAACAACUACAACAACCACCACUAACAUUUCUAGAACUCUUGCCACUUGCCCAGCAAUCGUUUGCAACGCCAUGGCAAUCUUAUCCACAACCAGACCAACAACAACAGCAACAACAGCAGCAGCAGCAAUCAACUCAAAUGUUCAUGAUGCAGCUGUUGAAAACUGCACAGCUCAGCAAAAACUUUCAACAUUUAACAGCAAAUUUGCAACUCCUAAUUGACUUGCAACUGAAUCAACAUCGACUGCAAAACAGGCAAAAGAUGCAAGAAAACACAAAAAUUGACGGAGAAUUCGAACAACAACAACAACAACAACAACUUAUUCAACACGAACAGCCAGACUCACUCGUCAGCGUUUCUACAUUCAAAAUGAAUGUGAGCAGAAAUAACGUUGAAGACAUCACAGAAUCAUUCAUGAAACUUAACAUCAUUCCCAACAACAACAACAACAAGAACGACAACAACAACAACAACGACGACAACAAAGACGACAACACCGAUAACAACAAUAACAGUAACGACGAUGACGGUGCUAAUACUACAGAAUCAUUCAUGAAACAUAACAUCAAUCACAACAACAACAACAACAACAAAAAUCACAACAACAACAACAGCAAUCACAACAACAACCACAACAACAACAACGAUAACAACUAUAACAGUAACGGCAAUGACGGUGCUAACGCUACUAACAAUAAUGAUGAAAAUAUUUGUCUGAGUGAUAGCAACGUACUUGCUUAUACCAAUGACAACGAUUAUGAUAAAAAUACCAACACUGCUACUACUACUACUACUACUACUAAUAAUAAUAAUAAUAACAAUAACGAUGAUGAUAACAAUAUAAACAACAACAACAGCAACAACAACUACAUCAAUCACAACAACAGCAGCAACAACAACAACUACAUCAAUCACAACAACUACAUCAAUCACAACAACUACAUCAAUCACAACAACAACAAAAGUGAUGACAACGAAAGUGGAGGCAUUAUAACUCUCAAUGAUAAAGAAAAGGAAUGUGGCUUUGAAAAGUUUAAUCAGCAAUAA